AUGGAGUCUUUUGAGGAGGUCAGGGCUCAGGAGCUGGACAAGAUGACCCAGAGCCAAGAGAACAUCGUCUCCAUCCUGGAACACUGCAGCAGGAACAUGUUAAGGCUACAUCAGGUGGACACAGUGACAGCCAGUGAGCUGAGGAACAUGCAGGAAGUGCUGGUCAGCAAGGAGACGGAGGUGGUCCAAUCAGAGAGCACCGCCAGAGGACUGACAACAGAAUCCCAGCGGCUGCAGCAGGACCUGGAGAAGGUGCAGCAGCUGGAGGGGAAGAUCAGCGGGGAGCUCAGCUCCCUGAAGGAGCGCGUCGGCACCAUGGAGACGGAGCUGCUCACCUACAGAGACCUGGACACCCUGAGGCACACAGGGGAGGAGAAGAAGAAGAGGCUACAAGAGGAGCGUGUGUCACUUACUCAGCGUCGGGAUUCAUUCAAACAGCUUCUGGAGGAAAUGAAUCAGAAAUAUGAAGCUCUGAAGACCAAACUGCAAGAAAACGAGACUCACGCUCAGCUAGCUAACCUUGAGAGGAAAUGGCAACACUUGGAGCAGAACAACUUUGUGAUGAAAGAGUUCAUCGCCUCGAAAUCUCAGGAGAGUGACUACGCCUCGGUCGCCAAGAAUGUCUCCCAACAAGUGGCAGAAUACAACAAGAGUCUCAUCGACUCUCUGCAGAACAACAGGAGUUAAACACACACACACACGCACACGCACACACAUAAAAAGGCAUUUUAGUCAAUGUUACCAUAAAGUGGUCAGCACAUAGAAUCAUUUAAAAGUGAUUCAGUUUUCUCUUAAGAAAGCAUUGAUACUUCAAAAUGUUUCAGCAGCACGCUAUAAAAAAUGGCAAAUUUUUAAAGUUACUCUAAAAAAACGAAUGUUUUGCUAGUUCAUUAUAUCAAGUCUGUGAUGGAUUGUUUUGUCCGUAAAACUGCAGCUGCUUACUGUCCUCAAAUACACUAAUAUGUCAAUGUAGUGAACGUUUUAAAUAUGUAGUAUUUUUCUAUUUAAAUGUAAAGCAGAUUUUUGAGCAUUGUGGGUUUCUGUAAUUCUAUCUUCAAAGUUCUCUAAAUAUUUGAAUAAAGAUGUUUUGACAAAAGAAAACACUCAAGUCAGAAAAAAUGUACUUCCCAUUUUUUAUAUUUAUUGCUUUUAAUUACAGAAAAACUAUUUGCAUAAAAUCCAAAUUCCACUUUAGAAAUAUGUUUGACCUUUCAAGUACAUAGAUAUCAAAGAGUACAGUAAACAUUACAACUGAGGUGGGCAGCACAGGGACUCCUUGCAAAUACAGUACAGCAUUUUGCAAACCAUCAACACAACUACACUCGGGUUGUUAGGGGCCUCCUCAGUAUUUACACUGGACCCCUCUGAUUUCUGAUCACUGGAUCCAGAACUCAGCAGGAUCUGAUCCGCUUAAAACAUCCACUGAAGAGCAGGGAAGCAGUUUUGGACACAAGUAAUGUUCAAAGUGGAACUGAAGACAAUCGAAUCUCACAGCAGUCAGUUUAAGGGUGUGCAUCCUUUAAAAAUGGACGUAAAAUAUCUCUGAAUCCACCUCUGGUUUUUCCUUAAAGUCACUUUUUUAGUAUUCAUGAAAACAAUAUGCAUAGACUUAAAUGUAACUAAUGCACUGACAGUAGGUGGAACAGGGAUGGGAGACAAAAACAAGCCCUGAAAACACCUUAAGGGCAGAAAGUUGCACACUCAGAAACAACAUUGAUUGGGGAAGCAUUACAUGCCACAUUAAUCUCGAGGAAGUGAGAAGAAGCAUCCUUCGGUCAAAUAUAUUUCAAUUGUCUUUAGACAGGCCUAUAAACACAGAUGCUCAUAAUGUACAAACAUCAUUAACAGUCCAGGUUUAAGUUAUUUUUGUUAACGGUUACCUCCUUGCACACGUUCUCAUAUGGAAGUGUUCAAUAUUAAAUACAUAAAAAAUACAUUAUGACAAAAAUAACACGAAUUAACCAUGUCAAAUAUAUAAACCAUCUCGUUAUAGAAAAUUAAUGGCCUUUUAUUUUCAAACUUAGAUUGUUUUCAUGUCACUUUUCUUUGCCCUAGCAGCUAACAGGUGCGAACUAGCUAAAUCUGGCAGAAGUUGUUGAUCUUGCUAGCUUAAGAGGCAGGGAGGCAUGUGAUUGGCUGAAAAGUUGGAAGGCGGGACAGGUCG